AUGUUGAUUGAAAGGGGGGACAGUGUUGCAACAGUAGUGAGAGAGACAGAGAAUAAACUGAACACAGAUGAACUAGCCGGCAGAAGGAACAACACCUCACUGCAAGGUGCAGCUACUACUGCUGCGGCUGUAAGAGAUGCAGAAGAGAAAGAAGAUGUGAUAAUAAGAGUAAUACUUUCACAGCUCAUGGACACUGCUGUCUUCAUCUUCAAUCUGGCUUUCUUAACAGUCACAGAGACUGCAGCUGCAUUAUGA